AAAUAGUUCAGCUCCAUUUCGUAGUAUCGCUCCCAUUCUUGCUUUCUGUGGCGGUCUUUUCCUUUGGCAACCAGAACUUUCUCUUUUGUGUGUCUCCCACCCGUUUGCACUUUUGCUAGAUAAGCCUGUUCGGGCCUCUGUAAAACUAACCUUUAGGAUCUCUGGAUAUGAAAGAAGAAAUGUGACACGACUGCUCCGCUUGCAACUUGCUAGGGCAGCAGGAAGGCGUGGUCGCAAGCUACUCUAGUUACAAGGGAUUAUUGCUUUCCUUUGGGACUCGGGGGUAAUUUGCAACUGUAGUUUUGGGAAAGUAAUGUCUAUUUCCAUGUCAGAGAGGGGAAACGCCAACUUAAAAUGGUAUGGCCUCACAAGUCUUGGUCUAUCCACCAUAUGUUUAUCAAACUCAGUCAAGUGCCUUUUGUAGUGUGAAGAAACUAAAAGUGGAGCCAAGUAGUUGUGUGUACCAUGAACGAAUCUACCCACGGAUCUAUGUGAAUGAUAAUUUUUUUGGAAUUGCUCAGCCUCCCAGCAGUGUUGGUACUUUCUUGCAGGCUAGAAACCUAUUUGACAGACCUCAAAGAGAGACCUUUUUGUUGCAGACUAGUGCUGUUGCUUUAAAAAAUAUUGCAGGUGCUACAGAGAUAUUAGCAGUGCAGGCACAGCAACCUCAAGUGGAAGCACCUUGGACUGAGAUACAGGAAAGUGGGUUAAACGUCUUGGACCGCCCCCAGCGAUGUGGACUGAAGCGUAAGAGUGAAGAGUUGGAGAAUCAGAGUGGCGCAAUGCAGAUUGUUGAUGAACUGCCUAUAUUGCCUGCAAUGUUGCAAACAAACUUGGGAAACCCAGUGACGGUUGUGACAGCUACUGCAACUUCAAAGCCAAGUGGUACCAAUGGAGAUGGAGAUUAUCAGUUAGUGCAUCAUGAGGUGUUAUGCUCUGUGAAAAAUACUUAUGAGGUUCUUGAUUUCCUUGGGCGAGGGACUUUUGGACAAGUAGUAAAGUGCUGGAAAAGAGGGACAAACGAAAUAGUGGCAAUCAAAAUUCUAAAGAAUCAUCCAUCUUAUGCACGCCAAGGACAAAUAGAAGUGAGCAUAUUAGCAAGACUGAGUACUGAGAAUGCUGAUGAGUUUAACUUUGUGAGAGCGUAUGAGUGCUUUCAGCAUCGAAACCAUACUUGCUUAGUUUUUGAGAUGUUGGAACAGAAUUUAUAUGACUUUCUGAAACAAAAUAAAUUUAGCCCUCUUCAGCUAAAAGUAAUACGGCCUAUUCUGCAACAGGUGGCCACUGCACUGAAAAAACUAAAAAGUCUUGGUUUAAUACACGCUGACCUCAAACCAGAAAACAUUAUGUUGGUGGAUCCGGCCCGGCAGCCGUACAGAGUUAAGGUAAUAGACUUCGGAUCUGCUAGCCAUGUAUCAAAGACUGUCUGCUCAACAUAUUUGCAGUCUCGGUACUACAGAGCACCAGAAAUCAUAUUGGGUUUGCCGUUUUGUGAAGCCAUAGACAUGUGGUCACUGGGCUGUGUGAUUGCUGAGCUAUUCCUUGGAUGGCCACUGUAUCCGGGAGCCCUCGAAUACGACCAGAUUCGUUACAUUUCACAGACACAAGGCUCACCUCCAGAGCAGUUGUUGAACGUUGGAACGAAGACCACACGAUUUUUCUGUAAAGAAACAGAAGCACCAUAUUCUAGUUGGAGAUUAAAGACACUGGAAGAACAUGAACGAGAGACAGGGAUGAAAUCCAAAGAGGCCCGAAAGUACAUUUUCAACAGUUUGGAUGAAAUAGUGCAUGUGAACAUGGUGAUGGAUUUAGAAGGAAGUGACCUGUUGGCAGAGAAAGCAGACAGAAGAGAGUUUGUCAGCCUGUUGAAGAAAAUGCUGUUGAUAGAUGCUGACUCAAGAAUCACUCCAGUUGACACACUGAACCAUCCUUUUAUUACCAUGAAGCACCUCCUUGAUUUUCCUCAUAGCAACCAAGUGAAAUCCUGUUUUCAUAUCAUGGACAUUUGCAAGUACCGAUCAAAUUCAUAUGAUACAAAUAAUCGCAAUAAAACAGUGCACCUGAGACCAAUUGCUUCAGGUAAUGCACCAAAUCUCUCAGCUAAUUUUGCCAAGAUUGGUGCAGUACGAAGUCAGGCAUUAGCAGGAUCUGCCCAUUCAGUUAUGCACCAUGGAAUACCACUGCAGGCAGGAACGGCUCAAUUUGGUUGCAAUGAUGCUUUUCAACAAACACUGAUUAUAUGCCCUCCUACUCUCCAAGGAAUUCAUGCUAAUCAUGGGAAGCCCAAUGGUUACUCUGUAAGAGUUGAUAAUGCAGUGCCGUUGGUCACACAGGCCCCAACCCUGCAGCCACUCCAGAUAAGAGGAGUCCUUUCUCAGACGUGGUCUAACAGAACACAGCAGAUACUGCUUCCAACAUGGCAGCAAGUGACCCCUGUGGCUCCUCCUACAACACUAGCUUCUGAUUCUGUGGCUGGCCCGCAGAGACUUGGAGACUGGGGGAAGAUGAUUCCCCAUGGCAACCAUUACAACUCAGUGAUGACACAGUCUCUGUUAACCAAUCAGAUAACUUUAUCUGCUCCUCAACCAAUCAGUGUGGGCAUUGCACAUGUAGUCUGGCCUCAGCCCACACCAACCAAGAGAAAUAAAGUGUGCCAGAACAGGAGUAAUGUGUUACAAAAUACCAAUAUCCAAAAUUCAGCAUUUGUGUCUCCAAAGAUAAGCAAUGGAAAGGCUGGUGAGAAGCUAAGCUGUGUAGAAACACAGGACAAUUGUAACUCGGUUGGUCAGGAAAGCAACUGUUGCAAACCACCCAUCAGGCAGGACCCUGAUUCAUCUGUUUCAAACAAACAGCGGCAGGCUAUCAUUAUUGCAGAUUCCCCAAGUCCACCAGUCAGUGUGAUCACCAUCAGCAGUGACACAGAUGAAGAUGAUGUGGCACAAAGGCAUUCAUUUGCAGAAUGUAAAGGGAGCCUAGAUUGUGAAGCUUGCCAGAGUACGCUAAAUAUUGACCGUGUGUGUUCAUUAAGCAGUCCUGACAGCACUUUGAGCUCUAGUUCUUCUGGACAGUCCAGUCCAUCCCCUUGCAAAAGACCCAACAGCAUGUCAGAUGAUGAACAAGAAAGUGACACUGUGGAUGGUUCUCCCAGUUCAGAGUCUUCAGGCCACGACAGUCCAUUCCUAGAAAAUAGUUUUGCAGAAGACACCAAUGAAAACCCAGAAACAAGAACCUCAGCUAACUUGGAAGCCAAACCAGCUGUCUGUACUGUGGUGGUGCCACCAAUGAGGAUACAGAACAGGUUAAAUGCAGAUGAGCAAAUUACAAAUGCAGUUACCACCUGUCAACCAUUGGUAAAACGCCGAUCUGCCCGUAUCAAAACAAACCAUCCUUCUGGCUUGGGCAAUCGUCAACGAAAAUUGAUAUCAGCAUUCCAUCAGCAGCACUCAAACCUCAGUCAGCAUAACACAAGAUUCUGGUUUGGACCUAAAGUUCUAAAUGGCUUUGAACCUACCUAUCUAAGGGGCUGCCACUCUUCUGUAGAUGCUUUCCUGAGGAUACCUUUUACACACCAGAUAACACUGAGGACUCGUACAGUGGUUCAACACUUUGGAUCUGGGUCUCAGGAGUGGAAUGGAAACUGUGGUCAUUGGAGACAGCAGGCAUAUAUACCAGCUAAUGUUGCCAGUCAUGCAUUCUCCCUUCAACAUGGAAGUCCCACUCAUACCUCAGUCCAUGCACAUUUGGCUGGAAGUACACAUCUUGGAGGACAGCCUGCUAUUCUGCCGUAUCCAUCAUCUGCGCCCCUCACUACUGCUGCUCCCGUUGCCCACAUCCUAGCCUCACCAUGUACCUCAAGACCGAUCUUACAGCAUCCCACUUACAGUAUCUCUCAUCACGGUGGCAUAGUUCACCAGGUCCCAGUGGGCAUAAAUCCCCGACUGCUACCUUCCCCAACCAUCCACCAGACUCAGUACAAACCAAUUUUCCCACCACAUUCUUACAUUGCAUCACCUGCUUACACAGGAUUUCCAUUGAGUCCAACGAAACUCAGCCAGUAUCCAUUUAUGUGAGAACUCAAGUACGCUGACAGAGCUCAGUGAUUUGAGAGGAAAACAUGGUAUUUAAUAAAUAUUAGCCAUGGCACAACAAAAAGAUAUUUUUUUUAAUCAUGUUAGACUUGGGUGCAAUUUAAACAACCUUGAGCUUUAACUCACUUUUAAUGUGUUUUUGCACAUUUGGUAUAAAUUUGUCUUUAGUCAUGUUAUCUUCUUAUAGAGUAACUCCAGACAGGUGACUUAUGGGAGCAGAAAUCCAGUUUUGCUGCUCCUACUAUUUUUUAUAAAAUUGCCUUCUAACUAGUGCGAGACACGUCUACAUUUGGGAAGCCAUUGAGUGUACAGAUUUAGAGCAACAGAUGCACAUGUGUCAUCAGUAUCAUGUAUGAGUAACUUGUUUGUAUUAUGUAUCUUGGUGUUCAGUGUCGAGUCACUUAUCUAAAAAAGGUUGAGCUGUUCUUCACAUUGCAUGUGUCCUUUGCAUGGGCAAAAACAAAGUUGCCUAGAAAUUUGCUCUUAAAUGUUGGUGUCCUAAUAAUCUCAGCUGCAUUGUAAACUGUUCCCACACAUAGUGCCUUAAAUAUUUGAGGUUGUUAAUGUUACUAUAUUAUAAAUGUUGAGGACUGCAGCACUUAACAUUCAGUUUUGCUGAUUAUUUCAUAGAGUUAUGCGCGCUCUCUUUCUUUUUUUAUUUGUGUGUGGUAUGAUUUUAGUAUAGGUUGUGAUUUCUUUAUCUAGGGGACAGCAUGUUUUGCUGUAGCUGAAUUCUGCUGUCUGAUAUUUCCCCCCGAAUGAUCAGCUUCACGGAAAGCAUUUUGUAGUUCAUAGGAAAAGUUGAUUCAGUAGCUGUUGAAUAAAAAAAUGGUGUUUUAUACUGUUCAGUGGAACUGCAAUACAAUCUAAGUAGUUUAUUUUCAAAGUGUUUAAGUCCAACUGGAUUUUAAUAACCUGUUAGAGGUGCAGUAGGCAUGACUUGGCUAGAUUAUGAAAGAAAAAAGCAAAAUGCUCAUUGAUUCAUGCUGUGGUUUCAUCUUAGCUUGAGCAAACCAUGCAGUAUUUAAUAAAUAGUAGCAGAAUAUUUACUAUUGAAGCUUGAAAAGGUGUGAGUACUUUGUGUGCAAUUUUUCAUUUAUGCAUGGGAGAGAUUUUAGCCUUUUUACAUUCUAGUAUUUGUUCUAGCCUUUUUUUGGGGUGGGGGUAUUUUCUUAUUUAAUACAUUCCGUCAGGGACAACAAAUUACAUGCAUUUUCCCCUCUAGGAAGUGCAUCAUUUCUCUCUGUGUGUGUGUGCGUGUGUGUUUUUGUUCUUGUUCAAAUAAGAUUGCUUUUGCAGCACCAAAGACUUAAUCAUCCAUUUCCUAUUAAAAGGUAGCUACUUUUUUCAUAGACCUCAAGUGUAGUGAUAGGGAUGGGUUUUAAAAGGAGGGUAUUCAAGUGAGGUUGUGUUUUAGCUUAUGAGGCAAGUAAUAAAUUGUAUCAUCUAUCUUGAAUGUAUCAUAGAUAAGCUGCUAUAUAAUGAUUGCCACUUCAGAUAGCUGUGAAAUUAGGUGAUUUAACUAGUUCUUACCCUUCUAAUUUCUGUAUAAGUCUAAUGACAUGAAAUGGAAGUAUGGGGUUGAUUUUGUUUUUGUUUGCUUUCAUGUUUGGAGUGUUGUAACUACUAUAUUGUAAAUGAUGGAAGACAAUUGCAUAUGUUAUUUUGGGGUGUGUUAUUUGCAUCAGUAUUUUAUCUCCAUUAACUAUCAUUGCAUAUAAAUGGGUGUAUCCAUGUAAUUUAAUUUGUAUGUGUUCAUAUUGACAUUGUGUAGACACUUAAGAAAACUAUCUUGGUGGCUUGACUUAACUUUUUUUAUAUAAACAAAGAUUCUGGAAUACAGUUAUUGCAGCAUAGACUGGAAUAGGAGUGCAAAGGGUUUCUCUCAAGCACAAUCCUAGGCAUGUUUACUUAAAAGUAAAUCCCACAGAGUUCAGUGGGCCUUAUUUCUAGGAAAGUGUGAGGAUUGCAGCCUCAGCAGUCUAACAGCUGAUAGAGUUUUUCUUUGUUCCUUUAACACAAGCAGUGUUUUAUUUAAUGAAUGUCUAAGUGGAAAAAAUGUGCCUGCAUUUGAUUUACUUUUCAGGACUGAAAUACAGCAGUAUUAGUUGACAAAAACCAAAACCAGCAGUACAUUUUAAUGGCUGAAUAUGAAAAUAAACCCUAACCCUUUCUCACAACUCUUAGGCCACAGUCAGAUUGCUGCAGCUUUGCAUGACAAGGUGGGGCUUUUAAAAAAAAGCGCCCUGUGUCAUGUACCAAAAAAAUAAAAAUAAAAAUCACUUCUGAAAGUUGGAAAAGCUUAAAACCCAGCUUUGUGAUAAUGGCAUAGGAGAGUUGCUGUUCAGAUGAAAAGAGUGACAAGUCCCAUUGAGUGCAGACAUGCUCUUGGGCACACUAAAGGAGUAUUCUGGGUUUUUCAUAAACAGUUUAUGUGUUUUAUAGAAAUACAAAUGCAUGUCUCUUAUCAAAUAAAGACAAGAAUAACGUGAUCUAAUUUGAAACCUUUUCAGCAUAUAUUGAAGCAGAUGGAAUCAACAAAAUAAUCAAGCAGAUUUUGUCAUGUUCCUUAAUGUUUAUGGUUCAGUAAAUUCCUCUUUUCUGUUAACUCCUUGGUGUUGAGAAUGGCAUUUCUUGGUGCUUAUCUCCAUUGCUGGCAGUGGAUGCACCAGGAGCCAUGAGCACUCGAAGUUAGCUUACUUUUUCUAUAAUUAUCACCAAAUAAAAAUAAAAAUGUAUUCCCUUAAUUUACUUGGAUCUGUCUUGCUCUGUAGAGUAUUUGCUAUGUUUUAAGUUGUGUUUGGGAUACACAGCUAAUGUACUUAAUACAUUAAACCAUGUCAAACAUAGAACCGCUUCUAACAGUAAUACCCCAAAGGUAACCUCUGGCUCUUAGCAUACUGCAAUAGAGCAAAUAUUUUUUACUUUUCAGAAGUGAUGAAUUAAGUUCUGCCACAAUCAACAAUAAGUAUAAUGUGCUACUCAACAACCAGUUCUGCAGUGAGCAUUGCAGUGAAGGACUAGAUCUGCCCUCUCUCAGGCUAUACUCUGCAGUUGCACAGCAAAACAGUUCUGUUAACUGUGGUUGCAGCGGAAUAAUUUAGCUGUGGGAUAACCUACUUAUGGUUGCUGUAGCUUUAGGAGGGCUAAGGGUGUCCAGACAAAAAAAAUGGUGUAAAUCUAUGGUCAAAGUAAUCCCAUAUAUACAUCUUACUUUUCUGAUGCCUUUUAAAUAAAACACUGCACGAUAGCAAAAUUGCAUACUAUUUUUAAUUUGGAAAUUUAAUUUUUAUAUGAAUCCCUUGUAUUUGGUUUUUAACUUUAAUUCAGGGUGUGUUAUUGAUCAAAUAUACUACUGUAUUAACUAAUUAUUUUAUUUUUAAUUUUCAAAUAUUCUGUAUUUACUGCUAAUUUUAACUUGGUUUGUGUUCAGUAAAUGCUAAAAUCACACUGCAAGCUGUAGAAAGAUUUGUUUUAGAACUAAUAUAGAUUUGGUUACUAAGUUUGAACUGUUACAGUUUAACAAUUAUUUGUAGACUUGUGGCUUUUUUGUUCUUGAUUUCUGUGCUACACUAGUUUGCCAUGUAGCAAUUGCACUGUGCAAUAUUACAAUAAGAGGACUGGGAAAAUUUUUAUGGAUGUAAUGUUUCCUACAGUUUGCGAUAGUAUUUCUCUCUAGUUCUCAGUGAUUUAAAUGUGACCAAGCCUUCUGUACUUUGUCACAAAAAGCGGGUUUUCCAGGUGACUAUUUUGGUGAGUGUCAAAAUAAGAAUUUAUGGUGUAUUACUGUCGAGAUUCACUUUGAAUUAAAAUAUAUAUUGCAGCAAA